CUCCCGCUCUCCCUCCUCACGGCGGCGCAAAACAAGCCCAUGCUCGUCGAGCUGAAGAACGGCGAGACGUUCAACGGGCACCUGGUGAACUGCGAUAACUUCAUGAACAUCACGCUGCGCGAGGUGUACCAGACGAACGCGGACGGGGACAAGUUUUGGAAGCUGAAGGAGUGCUAUAUCCGCGGGAGCACGAUCAAGUACCUCCGCAUACCAGAUGAGCUGCUCGAUCAAGUGAAGGACGAGCAAAUCCGCGCCAGGGAAGCCGGCCGCGCAGCGCGCGGUGCCCAUCCAGGCCAGAGGGGACGCGGCGGACCUCAGGCGCGCGGAGGAGGACGCGGACGCGGUCAAAUCAUGCGCGGAGGUCCAAGAGGUCGUGGACGAGGGCAAUAGAUCCUUCCUUGAUGUCAGGCUGCGCGUGGGCUCUCGCCUGUCCGCUUGCGAAAAUCUCUGUUCGCAGGCUUUCCGUUUUCUACUCGCAUCUCCCUCGCGUCGGGCUCUCCACAAUGUACCGAUCCCGACCUCGUCUUGCGCGCGUCGCAAUCUCGUCUUGUACGUGAAUCAAGAGUUGCAUAGUUAUAUUACCCCGUGUCUGCUACCUACUUCACAGUGUCUGUAUUCUAGAGGUGCAAUUAGUCGUUGUUGCGCGUGCAGUGUUGACCUUGUUCUCCUAACAUUUUGUAGCAAAUAGCGAGCAUCAAUGGAGGAUUAGGAACCCACCCUCGGUGUCC